CACACCCCCGGAUCCCCAUAACUCUCCGCCUCCCGUUGUCUCCUGCAGCUGCUCUGCAGUUAAAACCAGGAAAACAACACCAAAAACAAGACUAAACAUGGCGCUUACUUCACAAGGAACGAAGAAAAAAGUUUGCUAUUACUACGACGGUGAUGUUGGAAAUUAUUACUAUGGUCAAGGCCAUCCCAUGAAGCCCCACCGGAUCCGCAUGACCCACAACCUGUUGCUCAACUAUGGGCUCUACAGAAAGAUGGAGAUAUAUCGUCCACACAAAGCCAGCGGAGAGGAGAUGACCAAGUACCACAGCGAUGAUUACAUCAAGUUUCUGCGCUCAAUCCGACCAGACAACAUGUCAGAGUACAGCAAACAGAUGCAGAGAUUUAACGUGGGAGAGGACUGUCCAGUAUUUGAUGGUUUAUUUGAGUUCUGCCAGCUCUCGGGGGGUGGUUCUGUUGCUGGUGCUGUGAAGUUGAACAAACAGCAGACGGAUAUUGCAAUCAACUGGGCUGGAGGUCUGCAUCACGCCAAGAAGUCCGAGGCCUCUGGGUUUUGCUAUGUCAACGACAUUGUACUGGCUAUCCUGGAAUUGUUGAAAUACCACCAGCGGGUUCUGUACAUCGAUAUUGACAUCCAUCAUGGAGACGGUGUGGAGGAGGCUUUUUACACCACGGACCGUGUCAUGACCGUGUCCUUCCACAAGUAUGGCGAGUACUUCCCAGGCACUGGAGACCUUAGGGACAUUGGUGCUGGCAAGGGUAAAUAUUAUGCUGUGAAUUAUCCACUGAGGGAUGGAAUCGAUGAUGAAUCAUAUGAAGCCAUAUUUAAACCUAUUAUGGCCAAGGUGAUGGAGAUGUACCAGCCCAGUGCAGUGGUUCUCCAGUGUGGAGCUGAUUCUCUGUCAGGAGACAGGCUUGGUUGUUUUAACCUCACCAUUAAAGGCCAUGCUAAGUGUGUGGAGUACAUGAAGAGCUUCAACCUGCCACUUUUGAUGCUUGGUGGAGGAGGCUACACUAUCCGUAACGUGGCGCGCUGCUGGACAUAUGAAACAGCUGUGGCCCUCGAUAGCUCCAUCCCUAAUGAGCUCCCGUACAAUGACUACUUUGAGUACUUCGGACCAGACUUCAAGUUGCACAUCAGCCCCUCCAACAUGACUAAUCAGAACACAAAUGACUACCUGGAGAAGAUCAAGCAGCGCCUGUUUGAGAACCUGCGAAUGUUGCCUCACGCCCCCGGAGUUCAGAUGCAAGCCAUCCCAGAAGAUGCUGUGCAGGAGGACAGUGGAGAUGAGGAGGAGGAGGAUCCCAACAAGCGCAUAUCCAUCCGUGCUCACGACAAGAGGAUAGCGUGUGAGGAGGAAUUCUCUGACUCAGAAGAUGAAGGUGAAGGAGGCCGUAGAAACACAGCCAGCUUCAAGAAAGCCAAACGAGUCAAAACCGAAGGAGAGAAGGAGGUUGAGGAAAAGGAGAAGAAAGGUGAGGAGGAAACAAAAGAAGUAAAAGAAGAGGAGAAGGCACCAGAGGAGGAGAAAAUGGACACAUCUAAAUGAGGAAAAAUGCGCUUAAACAUAUUGACCACGCUUUCUAGAACAUGGGCACCUGGAAGUGUUACAUAUUUUCUUACUAAUUCCUUUUGGUAGAAAAAGGAGUCCAAAACACUUGUAGGUCCUCAGCACUCAAUGAUGCCAUUACAUGAGAUAAAAAGUUAUAAAACGUUUUUUUUUUUCUUUUUUUUUCCUGUUAAAUUGUGUUUCGGACCGGCUCAGUGGAAAUCGAGGAAGAACAAGUGAUCUCUUACUCCUUCAGUAUGGGAUGAUGGAGAUACAGAUGGUUUUUAUUGUUUUUUUUUCCCUCCUUUUUUCCCUUUCUCCCACAAGACCUUUGCAAACUUUCCUGUUUAGGGAAAUGAAUUCCUUUUUGAGUAUUUUUUGUACACGUUUUCAUCUUUGCUAUGUUAUUUGCUUUGUACUUGUAAACAGAUACAUGUCUGUUUUUUUUUUUUUAUAUAUCUGGAUUUAAUUUAUUUAAGUCGGAUAUUUUGGCUACUUUGUUUCAUGUUUCAGCCCCACUUUGUCCUGUGCCUUUUGAUAAUGUAGUUGAAGCAUGUUUUAGAAGAUCUUUUACUGUAACAUAUCUGUCAUUGGUCUUGCCUUGCAGCCAGUGACUACGUUGCGUAUUCCCGAACAGCUUUCACAUGGCACAUCGAAAUAAACUAACUUCUAAUAUUUUUAGGUCAUAUUGUAAAUUCACACGUUUCUGAUACAAACAGUGGAAUCUUUGUUAGAUUAAUGUGACUCUUGUCUUACAAUUUAGAACGUUUUGGUCUCGUGCUCCUGAAGAGCAUGACACGGAUGUCAGAAUUCAUUAAUUGUACAUAAUUCUACUCUGCAACAAAAACAAAAGUGAGUAAAUGUAUUCCACCAAGGAGCUCAUGCCAUUUAAAUCUGACGUUGUUUUGACUGUAAAUACCAACAAACCUGCCAUGAGUUGCAAUUUUAUUAAAAUGUUUUUUUCCUUUUUAA